AUGGGUGCGUCUCUCGCGUCUUUAACGCGUACAAACGUUCGCCAGUUCAUCUCACACGGCUUCUUCCACCGCUUCUAUAACGAGCUCUCGAGCGAAUACCAAGAAGCAGUCGAAGAACUUGUUGACCGAGCCGAAGCGGGCCUAGGAAUGCACUUUAAAGACCCCGACGCGCCGGCUCCGCCUCCCCCCGACCUGCUGUCCUUCCGCUCCGACAGUGAGGGGGAGAGCGAUGUGGGGGAGGAGAGGGGGGAAAGCGAAAGUGGGGACGGGGACGAGAGCGGGGAGAGCGAGAGUGAGAGCGAAGCGGCGGCAAGACCAAUGCGUACCGCCGUUGACGCCGUUCUCGGUGGCUCCGCCGUCUGCGGCCCGCUGGAAGCGGCGGCAAUCGCGGCGUCCUCAAGGAGCCUCGGGCGGAACUGGAGCGACGCGCAGCUUCCGCGAACGAGCGGGAGCAGCGCCGAUUGUGGAAAGGGGGAAGGGGAAGAGGCUGGGAGCGGAAGCGAGGGAGAGAGAAAAGGGGAAGACGACGCGGGAUUUGAGUCGAGCGGAGGGGGGAAGGAGGGGAAUGGGGGGAAGGCGGAGAGGCGGAAGAAGGAGAAGGGGGUUGACGAGUCGGUGCGCUUCAUGGCGCACACGCGCGAACCCCUCCGCGCCAUCAUCCACCCGCUCGCCUUCUACGUCUGGUGCGCCCCCCCCUUAUUACAGUGCAUCGCUCCCUCCCCACAUCUCGCACCCCCCUCCCUCUCCCGCCUUCUCCCAUUCACCCUGCGCUCCCUCUCCACUCCCACCUCCCCCUUUCACUCUCCGCCUCCCUCUACCCUCCCUCUUCCGCCUUCUCCCCCUCACCGCGCGCCUCCAGCUUCCCCGUGUUGCCCCCCUCUCACUUCGCUCCCCCAUUCCCCCUA